ACAGCAAGAAUAUCUCCUUGAAAAAUUCUACUGAACAAGCCAACUGGAGUCAGUUCAAGUUUUACGAACAUUUACGUAAACGCAUUGAAAUCCACAGCAAAUUUUUACUGUCAGCUGGACAGAGAUGACUGUUUUUAAAAUAAUGUAAAUUGCUGUUUCAACGCGUAGCUGGUAAAUUUUUCUCCUAAAAAACAAAUAAAUGGCGGAAAUGUGCGGAAGGAAACUCGAAGCUUCCGUUUUACUCUUAAGCUUCUUCUUUCAAAGCGGCAUCAUUAUUCCGAUUUCCACAGAAUGUUCAGGUCAAGAAUGCCGAUCCAUUGUUUUCAAAGAACCCAUACAGGAAAAGGUCAUGAAAGACCACUUGAUUAGGCUUGAAGAGGUGCUCCAUCAAGGCAGCUGUAAUGUGCUGUGUUAUUCGGAGCCCAAUUGUGUGUCCAUAAAUGUUGGGCAUUCACAAGGAGGGAACUACAUGUGUGAGUUAAAUAAUGCUUCGGACGAAAGCCCAGGCUCGUCAGACCUUCAGAGCAAACAAGAUUAUACCCAUCUCAGUAUCGAGAAUCCCUGCAGCAGCAGUCCCUGUUUCAACAAUGGCACAUGUCAAGCUGGAUACACUGAUAAAGGAUUUCGCUGUAAAUGUCCUUUAGGAUUCACUGGUGCAUUCUGCAGCAAAGCCUGCAGCUUUGACUUUGAAGAUGGAAUCGGCGGGUGGGAAAUGAUAGGCAGAGCUUUCAUUUACCAGCCUACAUUUGGUGACAAUCCAACAUAUCGCCGCAGAGAAAGCGCCAAUCUGCAAGGGGACUGGUGGAUAGGGGGAGCUGAGAAACGGCCCAGUGAGAUCGAUACCGCCGGGGUUCAGCAUUCAAAUGGACCCGAUGUACCCCAAGGAACUCUCACCUCACCUUGUUUUCGUAUCGUUGGCAAGAAUAUCUCGUUUCUCAUCGGUGGAGGGUGUGACUUAGGUAAUGUUCGUGCAGAGCUUAUUGUUGACAACCAGGUCGUCAGAAAUGAGACAGGGAAUUGUUCAGAGACAAUGUUCCGUAAGAGCUGGGACGUAAAGGAGUUUAUUGGUCAAUAUGCGCAAGUCAGACUUCUAGAUGAGAGUUCUGGUGGUUACGGUCAUAUCAACUUUGAUGACCUUAAAGGAGAUAUCAUUUGUCCUCACGAUUUAGACGAGAUAAACUGAAGAGACAGCGGCUCGUGAAACUGACAUAUCACCUCAAGUGAGGAUUUUUGCAAAUAGUCACCUUGAAAGUACCAUUAAACAGCUUUUGCCAUAGUAUAGUAGUUGCUUUGUGCUGGCAUAAAUAGGCACAAAUCACUGUUUUUUCAGCAGUAGCAAAGCAUUUUGAAACAAUUUUAGCACAUGUCUGUGAAGGCUAUAGUCAUAUAAUCCAAUCGUUAUAUCGGUUUACUGCGAGAAUAAGGAGAUUCAAUUACUUUAGAUGCUAGCAAUCGCAUAUUAGAGUGCUUUUUUCGU